AUGCCCGCCCUGGAGCUUUCUGACGACUAUGUAGCGCAAGCUCUUACCCGAGAUGCGAAAGCGAGCUCCUCAAAGUAUGUACUACAUGGAUUUGGUGAAUCAUUACCAAAAAGGCCUACGAACAAUGCACCAAAGCCAAACACCAGAUUCCUUAAAAAUAUCAUAAAGGAGACUGAUAGUCAUAAUGCCGCUUUGCGAGCGAAAGAGGUUAGGGACUCUCAAAUACGAUUCGGUCUCUUGAAAGUAGAAAAGAAAGAAAGAAAAGCAAUUGAUGCACCCGAGAUUCAGAGUCCGGACAGAGAUUCUCAUCGCUCGAAGCGUAGGCGAUUCGAUGAGCAUGCCGAACUAGAAAGAAGGCGCCAACGCAAUCAUAGACGAAGUGAUUCAGAAGAUCCUUCGCGUCCCGAUAGGCAUGAACUCAACGCCCGUCGAAGGCAUAGAGAAGGAAAGUACGAGCGUAAAAGCCAUGACGAGUCCCAGAGUCGGGUACGACAUCACCAUCCUCGUCGGAGACAGAGCCGGAGUCCUAGAAGGAAUCCAAAUAGGUGCUUGAACAGAUCACGCUCGAGAUCACCACACCCCAAGGGAUACGAGAGUCGCAGAAACCAUCACCGUGCUCGUCGAAGAGACCGAUCAGCGAGCUCAGAUUCCCACAGAUAUGCAAGUCACAAAAGCAAACGACGAGAGCGCGGCAGGUCCCCUACAUCUGCAAGAGACAGGAAAGAAGUAAACAGCGCUACUCUUGAUCCUCCAACCCAGUCGCAUGCGCCGGGUUCGGAGUCAGAUCCUCUCGAAUCUAUCAUUGGCCCCCCACCGCCGCCUCCGGAACCAAGGAUCACAACUCGAGGCCGGGGAGUGGCGUCCAGCUCUGGCAUAGACAGUCACUUCUCGAACAAUUACGACCCCGCAAUUGACACACACCUUGAUCCAGAGGUUGAGACGGAUGACUGGGAUCAGGCGCUGGAAGCUUUGCGGGACCGGCAGAAAUGGCAGCAGCAAGGAGCCGACAGGCUGAGAGCUGCAGGGUUCUCAGAGACUGAAGUAUCCAAGUGGGCUAGUAAAGCAAAGGGCACGAGCACAGAAGGGGAUGAGGCGGACGUUCGUUGGAGGGGCAAGGGAGAGAGACGAGAGUGGGACAGGGGAAAGAUUGUGACCUCGGAGGGUGCGAUCGCUACCGAGGCUGAAUGGGGGAGGCUGACAUAG